AUGGAAGCGCAAAACAGUCUGAAGAACUGGUUUUACUCAAUCCCUCCCUUUUCAAGGACGUAUAUCGUCAUUCUGCUGCUGAUGGGAUUUGGAAGCUCGAUGGGAUUCGUCGACCCCUUUAUCCUCGUGUUCAGCCCUGCGUUAAUAUUCAAACGAUUUGAGCUGUGGAGACUGAUCUCGAGCUUCUUUUAUAUUGGAGGCCCUUCGAUGAGCUUCCUUAUGAAUAUGAUGAUCAUAAUGAGUUUCUACCCUAGUUUUGAGACAAAUCCGUUAAGUUGCACACGAGGAGCAGCAGGUGAUACUGCGGACUUCAUCUUUGCUCUUUUGUGGGGUGUUGUCUUGAAUAUUGUACUUUUAUGCACCUUGUUUUGA